CCACUGCUGUUGCAACAUGGCCAUGUCGCCCUUGGUACGGAGUACCUGAUCAUCCAUUGACACCAGCCGCCGUAGUUACCCCUUGUGCUCCACUACCUUUUUGCCACAGUGGAAUGGAACCUGCUGCCAACCGAUCAGAUCCAUCGAAUUUGAUCCCCCAAACCCAAGUAGUUGCGGCGCAAGCAACAAACGGUACGACGGCGGGAGCAGCGGGAGCGGGGUGGACUCGCCACGGAUUAGCACCUGGAUCAGGACCUUCAGUAGGGGGAGCAGGCGCCAUGGCAUCAGCCUCAAAGCCACCGGCCGAUGUCCCCAAGAUAAGGAAAAAAGGCCUUUCGGUUGCCUGCCCCAUCGCGUACGGGUCUUUAGCUUUUCUGCUGGAGCGGAAGAAGCAGAGCGAGUUUGUGACACACAAAUGGACCCUGUUCGUGCGAGGGCCGAAUGGCGAGGACAUCUCGUACUUCGUAUCCAAGGUGGUGUUCACGCUGCAUCCUAGCUUCGCCGAAGCCACCCGAGAGAUCACGUCACCACCGUUUGAGGUUACGGAGAUGGGGUGGGGCGAGUUCGAGGCUAAGAUGACGAUGCACUUCAAGGAUCCCAACGAGAAACCGGUGGACGUGUUGCAUCAGCUGAGGCUGUACCACGACCCCGCGACGGGCACGACUCAGCCCAAGAAGGCGGUGGUGGCGGAGUUCUACGACGAGGUGGUAUUCACCGACCCGUACGAGGAGUUCUACAACACCCUCAUGCUGGGCCAGAAGCUGCUGCCCCAGAGAAAGCACGAGCACCAGGAGCACUUCUCGACGUUUUCUGACGGCGACACCCUGCAACGCUUGGCGGCGGCGAGAGAGUGGGUCCACAACCAGCUGCGAGAAACCAAGGACAGGAUUCGCAAGGCAGAUAUGGACAUGGCCCAGCUCAAGGCCAGCGCUACGGCAAGCUCGGGCAGGGGUCUUGGUCGAGGGGGCACAGCACAAACAUCACAAGUACGGCGAUGAUAAUGCUGCUGCUGCUGCUGUUGCUGCUGUCGACGAAUAAGUUGAAUUGUGCAUAGGUUGGUUAGGUUAGAGUUUGUGCUUGGCUCGGGGUUGGUGCUGGCUCUGUCUUCUGUGCUCUGUGCAAGAGAGCUAAGGAUGGAAACCAGGAAGUUUCGCGUUCUGUGGUACAGUGGUUUGACCCAUGGUACCAGAUGUCGACGUGCCGCCAGUCUCCCCAGUCGUUCUUUUUCUUUUCUUUGUUUCAUUUUUGUGCCAUGACAAGGAAAAAAAAUGUGUUCACACUACGUGUGUAGGCUAGUGUACAAACAUUGCCCGACACAAAACCAUUGGGUCGAGUGCGUACCACGUGUUUUCAUGGCAGUUUUCUGCUGCUGCUGGAAGUCUGUCCCGAGUCGAAGGCCGAGAAACCUUGUGGUGUCUGGUUUGCAUUGUGCUGCACGUCACGCGGCUCUGGCUGGUACUUGCGCACGAUUACGGCUAAACUUCCAAAGAG